AUGUUUUCCAAGCGUACUUCGCUGAUCCGCUGGAGUCUCCUGGCACUGGUCUUUACCGUGCUCACGGCACAGACCGCCGUGGCGGCGCCUGUGCACUUGCACGGUGGCCGCCACCUGAGCAACGCUCACCACCUCGCGGCGCGCGACCAGACCAAGGGCAGCGCCUUUGACGGUCUCAACUCGCAGCCGCGUCUGGGCGUCAAGACUGGCGGCGAGAAGGUGUCGAACUCGAGCUCGAGCUCGGCGCCGCACGAGAGCACUGCGCACGAGAUCGUGCGCCAGUCUGACAACCAGAACCUUGGUGGUGGCGCCUCGGUCGACCUGAGCAAGAUCUUUGGUCAGGCCUUCGGCGGCGUGCUCAAGGUCAAGGGCGACGUUGACUACAAGCACACCCAGGGCUCGGACAAGAACACGACGGUGACGGCGACGAUCUCGCACUCUUCGAAGCACAAGCCGACUUCGUCGCACUCGCACUCGAAGUCGAGCUCGAGCUCGUCUACGCACUCUCCCUCGUCCUCGCACUCGUCGCACCACCACAAGUCCAAGCACCACGGCCACUCCUCGAAGCACUCCUCGAAGCACUCGUCGGAACACUCGUCGGAGCACUCCUCGAAGCACUCCUCGAAGCACUCCUCGAAGCAUUCCUCGAAGCACUCGAGCAAUUCGAAGCACUCGACCCCUUCGAAGCACUCGAGCUCUCCGAAGCACUCGAGCACUUCCACAAAGUCUUCGAGCAAGUCGACGACCCCGAGCGGCGCUCGCAACAUGGCGGUGAACGCGGACAAGUCUGGUGAGACCUCGAAGGCGCACAGCGCGUCCAAGGGUGGUUUCUACCGCAUUGGUCUCGAGACUGGCAGCAAGGCGAUCCCCCUUACCUCGAGCUCGUCGUCUUCGUCGUCGGACUCGAACAGCUCGGGUGCGCGCAUUGCGGCGGCCACGACGGCGCAGGAGCCUAGCGGCAACCUGCCCAACCAGUCGGUGAUCACCAACAACCCCAGCUACGGUUUCCUUGAGGCACAGAACGACCUGUACGCGAUCCGCAAGUGGGCUGGUGACCUGAAGAACCUGGCGAGCAAGGAGAACCGCAAUGAGACGAUCAUGGCUCUCUUCAACGCUGCUACUCGUUACUACCCCGAUGUGGACACCAAGACGGUCGUCCGUGUUAUGCUUGCCGAUAUCAAGGCCGAGUCGGACUUUGAGGCGGACAACAACAGUGCCGCGCGUCUCGACUCGGGCAACAGUCUUGGUCUGGUCCAGGUGAGCCCUGACGGCUCCUCGCAGGAGCUUUCGCUCUUCACCAAGGCGGUCCAGGCUGAGAACAACUGCUACUCGUGGACGGUUGGCCAGGGCACGGAUGCCGAGCUCAAGUGCGGUGGUUUCUCGACGUUGGGCCCCCUUCUUGACUUCAAGACGGGCAAGCAGCUCGACGUGAGCAAGCUGACCAAGUCCGACUUGUCGCGCCCUUGGAUCAACCUGCACGUUGCGAUGUGGCUCCAGUCGAACUACGGCCGUACCGGUUCGCAAGACCCCUCGACCUGGUCGAAGGUGUCGAGCGCCAGCAAGGCUGUGCGUCAGGCCUACCAGCCCGCCAUUGUUGAGAUCCUCGGUACCAGCAGCUCGUCGAACUCGAACUCGUCUUCGAGCUCGAACUCGGGCAGCAACUCGGGCAGCAACUCGGGUAGCAACUCGACCAGCAACUCGGGUAGCAACUCGGGUAGCAACUCGGGCAGCAACUCGGGCAGCAACUCGGGCAGCAACUCGGGCAGCAACUCGGGCAGCAACUCGGGCAGCAACUCGGGCAGCAACUCGGGCAGCAGCGCCAGCAGCAACGCGGGCAGCAGCUCGGGCAGCAACUCGGGCAGCAACUCGGGCAACAACUCGACCGACACCAACAUCUUCGACAGCCCCAACAACAACCUGAGCAGCUCGAUCGAGAAGCGUGCCAAGUCGACUUCGGGUGCCAACUCCUCGGCGAGUUCUGGCUCUGGCUCGAGCUCGAGCUCGGGCUCUGGCUCCUUCAGCGCGAGCACCUACUCGAGCAAGCUGAAGUCGCUGGACUCGGCUCUCAAGGGCAAGAGCAACCAGAAGAACACCUUUGCCACGUCGCUUGGUUCGUGGGUUGCCGGUGCGGCUGCCGACAGCGGUGGCUACAAGACGUCGGGCGACGACAUCAGCACGAAGUACUUCAAGAACAUUGCGCAGGGUCUCUCGGUGCUCUACACCGGAAGCGACAAGGAGAGCAGCAAGUACGGCCAAUCCUGGCUCGACAACAUCGAGCUGGUUCCGGGUCUGAUUGACUACACUCAGUAA